UGAAAAAAAAGGCGAUGGAGUGAGGUUUAGGUCAGGAUGGCGGGAGUCGGAGACAAAGGAAUCGUGAAGAAUCAAGAUAAAACAGGAAAGGAAGAUGAAGAAAAAAUCAGCACGAGAAGUCGUGGAUUAAAAAACGAAAUGCUUAAGAGAAGCACGAACCAGCCUUUGAUUGUGGACAGCUUGAGGAGGAAAACGGUGACUUUUUCCACAAACGCGAAGGACAGGAUUCGGAACGGAGGUAAGGGAGGAAAUAAGGGAGAUAAUAGUAUUGUCAAGAAGCAAGAAAAAGUACCAGAAAGUGACAGUAAAAAUAAUAAUAAAGAGGAGGAUGAAGGUGAAAUGGAUCGAAUGUACGAGAAGAUGAUGGCGUUGACGGAGCAAGUGGAGGCCCUGAUGGAGAAGAGGAAAGAAGAUGAGGUGAUGUACGAAGACUUGAUGUGCAAGAAUGAGGCUUUAAUGAACAAGGUGGAGAAAUUAGGAUAUAGAGUGGAGUGCUUGGAAAAUAAAGUGGUAGGUAUAGAAAAGAAGAUGACUGAAUAUGAAGAAGAAGUAAGAUAUUAUAAGGAAGUGGUGGUGGACCUAUUAAGCGAGAAAGUAGAGGAAGGUAGUGUAAAUGACGCAGCCAGCGAAAAGAGUGUGGCCCGCUCGUGGAGGACCAGGUUAAGUGUAAAGAGCAGCACAAGCUGCAUAAGUGGAAUUAGUUUGUCGCAGAAAGAAGUAGUAAAAAUGAAAAGGUUAGUAAGUGAGAAGGAUAGAGAUGAGCGUAGGCUCAAUAUAGUAAUAAAAGGUCUUGGAAACAUAGGUGAAAAGAUAAAGGAAGAGAUUGAGAAGUUUUUGAAGGAAAAGUUGGCAAUUGAGGCAGGACUGCAUGCAGCGUGGAGAAGUGGACAAGUCGUGGUUGGAAAAUGUACAAGUUAUGAGCAAAAGGAAAUGAUUAUGAAGAACAAGGCAAGGCUGGCUGGUACGAGGAUAUACAUAGAAAAUGACCUGUCAUUUGAGGAUAGGAAAAUUCAAGAAAAAAUAGCAAGAUGGGCCAGAGCACAAAGAGAAAAAGGAAGAGAAGUUAAAGUAGGACUAGGGAGAGUGAUGGUGGAUGAAAAAUGGAUAAGAUGGGAAAGUGUACCCGAAGAGGAGCAAGUGAGUGAGAGGCAAGUCAGAGGUAAAGAUGGACAAGAGAGCAUGGACAAGAGUUUUUGAAAGAGGCCCAGAAGAAUAAGAAGAAGGAGGUGAAGAAGAGAAAGAAAAGCAAGAAAGGAGAUGAAGAGGCAGUUGCGAGGAAGGAACAAGUAGCAAAAGAAGAGUGUAUGAAGGAAAGGAACAUUGAGGCAGGUGGUAUAAAAAUGAUGUGGUGGAACGUAGCAGGAGUAUGGAACAAGGAUGAAGAAUUUUGGAAUUAUGUGACUAGUUUUGAGUGUAUUUGCUUAGUGGAAACAUGGCUGGAAGAAAAAGUAUGGAUGGCUUGGAAGAGAAAGUUUGGACAGUGGAUUCAU